AUGAACCCCGGCGCGCCCCCCUUCCUGAACGCCCAGCUGUCCCCCGACUUCUCUCCCCUCCAUCCUCAGUCGGUCAUCCACAACACUAGGAUACUGGGGUCCAUCAGCACACUAUCGGCGUGCUUCUCAGGCCUCGUAGCUGGCAUCCUCGGCUUCACCAACUCCCAUGGCUUCCUCCUGUACUUGAUAUCCUCAUUCGUGACAGCUCUGAUCGUAGGCACCGUCAAGUGCGGCUUCAACCUACAGAGGUUUGUGCCAGGUGCUCAGCCCCAAGGCAAGAAGGUCGUCGGCGGCGCGGCAAAGACAGGACCGAGCACAGAGAACGGCGGAUUAGGAGCGAGUUUGAAGGGGUGGUGGAGUCUUUCCGGCGUUGGGCAGGAGAACUUCCUGGGAUUUCUGCUGUUCUGGAUCGGAAGCUAUGCUCUGAUACACGUGUACGACUAG